AUGGCUCUAACAAGAACGUCUCCGUUCCAGCUUCCUCUGUUCUCAAAUCCACUUCCCCACGCACCACGUUCUUCCACAGUCAACGCAGCGCCUCCACGAGCAGUCACUCCCUCCGUCCUCUCGUUCCUGGCCAUAGAUGCAGUUGAGAAGGCUAAAUCUGGUCAUCCAGGUCUUCCAAUGGGCUGUGCUCCUAUGUCCCACAUAUUGUACGAUGAGGUCAUGAGGUAUAACCCCAAGAACCCUUACUGGUUCAACCGUGACCGCUUCGUUCUCUCUGCUGGACAUGGAUGCAUGUUGCAGUACGCUUUGCUUCACCUCGCUGGCUACGACAGCGUCAGGGAGGAAGAAUUGAAGAGCUUCCGUCAGUGGGGAAGUAAGACGCCUGGACACCCUGAGAACUUUGAGACUCCUGGUGUUGAAGUCACUACUGGUCCUCUAGGACAAGGCAUUGCAAAUGCUGUUGGUUUAGCUCUUGCUGAGAAACAUCUAGCUGCUAGAUUCAACAAACCUGACAGUGAAAUCGUCGACCACUACACUUAUUCGAUUAUUGGAGAUGGUUGUCAGAUGGAAGGGAUUACAAAUGAAGUUUGCUCUCUAGCUGCCCACUGGGGACUUGGAAAGCUCAUCGCUUUCUAUGACGACAAUCACAUUUCUAUCGAUGGAGACACAGAGAUCGCCUUUUCGGAGAACGUGGACAAGCGCUUUGAAGCUCUAGGAUGGCAUGUUAUUUGGGUUAAGAAUGGAAACAAUGGAUAUGAUGAGAUCCGUGCUGCUAUUAAAGAAGCUAAGGCUGUAACAGACAAGCCCACUUUGAUUAAGGUGACUACUACAAUUGGUACCUGA